GCACGUGCCACUGCAGCCACUUCCACAACCCCCCUCACCCCGUGCACGUGAGAAACUUAAAGUUACGCUUUAAAAUAAAUAAAUAAAUAAAUAAAAAGCACCCUAAAAACUUGGCCCACGUUACAGCUCAUGUCUGAGGGCUCAGUUAUUUCACCCAGCGCAGUAGGUUGGUGCCGACAGGGCUCAGGUCUGUGCCCCUCACACCUGGAAGUGUCACCCCACACAACCUCAGCCCCCGUUCCCCUGCCCCCCGGGGGUGGGUUAACCAUUAACCGAGUCAUCACAGCGACACCCCCCUCACCCCUGUCCCCCUUCCUUCCUCCCACAGGGCAGUCGCAGGGCCCCCCCACGCCCCCCACCACCCCCAAGACGGACGCUCAGCCCGGCAAGCAGGACCUGAAGCGGGAGGGCCGCCCCUUGCAAGAGGGCGGCCGGCAGCCCCCCCACAUCGACUUCCGAGACGUGGACAUCGGGGAGCUGAGCAGCGACGUCAUCUCCAACAUCGAGACCUUCGACGUCAACGAGUUCGACCAGUACCUGCCUCCCAACGGGCACCCGGGGGCUCCGGCCGCGCACGGCCAGCCCGGCCAGGUCACCUACACGGGCAGCUACGGCAUCAGCAGCACGUCGGGCUCCCCGGGCGGCGCCGGCCACGUGUGGAUGUCCAAGCAGCCCCCGGCGCAGCCCCCGGCGCAGCCGCAGCCCCCGGCGCAGCACGCGGGGCUGCCGGCGCUGAGCGGGGAGCAGGGCCCGGCACAGCAGCAGCAGCAGAGGACGCACAUCAAGACGGAGCAGCUGAGCCCCAGCCACUACAGCGAGCAGCAGCAGCACUCCCCGCAGCAGAUCAACUACGGCUCCUUCAACCUGCAGCACUACAGCUCGUCCUACCCCACCAUCACCCGCUCCCAGUACGACUACGCCGAGCACCAGAACUCCUCCGGCUCCUACUACAGCCACGCCGCGGGGCAGGGCAGCGGCCUCUACUCCACCUUCACCUACAUGAACCCCACGCAGCGCCCCAUGUACACCCCCAUUGCAGACACUUCGGGGGUCCCCUCCAUCCCCCAGACCCACAGCCCGCAGCACUGGGAACAGCCCGUCUACACGCAGCUCACCAGGCCCUGAAGCCGCGGGGAAAAGCAGAAGAGAAGAAAAAGAAAUUUAAAAAAAUAAACAACAAACGAAACAAACAAACAAAAAAAAAAUCAGAAAAGCGCGAAAGCAGCAAGAAGAGCUUCCUUCAGACUUUUUUUUUCUCCUUCUUUGAAUUUGAAAUAAUAAUUAAAAAGAGACUCUCAAGCGAAAGCUGGCGGGGAGGAGAGAGCGCCUCGAGCCUUCUGCACUACAGCAUCCUCCAGGACCCGCUUGAGAGCCAGCAAAACUCAGUACACACUUGCCAAGGACUGGACUUGAACUCUGCUUCCAGCAUGGAGAGGAGAUUCCUACCCAACCCGCCCAGCUGUCUUGUUCUCUGGACUUUUGUAAUGAUUUUUUUUUUUUAGCAGUAAUUAAAGGAAAAAAAACAAAAAAGAAAAAAAAAGGGGGGUAAAAAAAAGAGAAAACUCAGAGUCCUCUGUGAGGAAUAUUCUCUAUUUUAAAUAUUUUUAGUAUGUACUGUGUAUGAUUCGUUACCAAUUCGAGGGGAUUUUUACGUAUUUUUUAGAGAUUUUUUUUUUAAAACGCUCUUAUUUUUCCAACGGCUUAAAAAAUAAUAAAAAAAAAACGACACUUAGUGGAGCAGCGCUAGGCUUUCUUGCA